UCUUUCUCUCUCUGACGGCGGCGGCAGCGACGGCGCCCAACCCAUCGCGCUCGCAACUUGGCCGGGCUGCACCUCUCAAUCCCGAAGCACCCUCCCGUGGCGCCGGACGUCGUUUUUGCCGCGCUCAGGCCGAGGCCACGUGCUGCCAGUGCUGCCCCCUAGGUGCCCUCGUCAUGCGGCAGCAUGACCUCUAAGUUCAUCGACACGAUGCUGCCCAAGUACAGCGGCCAAGACACUUCUUCCUACUCCCAGUCAGCCUCGCACCACGCCAGAAUGUACCCCUACGUGUCAAUGGGCACGCACCAGCAGGCCGCGGCCGCCGCGGCCGCCUUCAACGCGGCAGCGGCCGCCUCCAGCACCAUGGUGCCCUUUUCCACGUCGCUGGCGGCCGCGGCCGCCUCCGUGUCCGACUCGGACAAGUCGUGCCGCUACACAAACCCGGCCACCGGCCUCUCGGCCGCCGACUCCAUGGUCAACUACACCCUGAGCCACCAGAACGGCUCGGCGGCGCCGUCGAGCAUGGCCGCUGCGGCCCAGUUCUACCACCAGACGGCGGCCGCCGCCUCCGACCCUUCCAACCCGCUCAGCACGGCCUGCACGCAGGCCUCCGGCCAGCCCCUGCCCGACAUCCCGAGGUACCCCUGGAUGUCGAUAACUGAUUCUCUCUUUGGUUCUCUAGAUUGGAUGAGUCCAUUCGACCGGGUCGUCUGUGGUCCAUACGACGGUCUAGGCAGUCCCAACGGCUGCCCGCGAAGGCGAGGCCGGCAAACCUACACCCGCUUCCAGACCCUGGAACUGGAGAAGGAGUUCCACUUCAACCACUACCUGACGAGACGGCGGCGAAUCGAGAUCGCGCAUGCUCUGUGCCUGACGGAGCGCCAGAUCAAAAUCUGGUUCCAAAACAGACGCAUGAAGCUGAAGAAAGAGUUGCGCGCCGUCAAGGAGAUCAACGAGCAGGCCCGUCGGGAACGCGAGGAACAGGACCGGCUGAAGCAGCAACAACAGCAACAACACGAAAAGGCGGCCAAGCAACACGCCGAGCAGCUCCACCAGGCCACCAAACUGGCCAUGGACAAGGCGUUGAUGGGCGGUGACCUGAUCAAGGGCGUCGGCAAGGCCUCCUAAGAAGCACCUCUGGAAAAACAGUAAAAAUCAACCCGCAAUCGUAUCCACCGUUGUUUAGUUAGUCGCGAUGAAAAAGAUAUUUUCCUUGCGUUUCUCAGUGGACAUACAAUUUUUUUGAGUUUCUCCGCUCCUUCGUUGAGGAAAUGCCAACGAGAAAAUACAAUUUGAGAAGACGAUUUCCUGCCAUAGCAGCAUUUAGUAUAAUAUUCGCACGCGCAGAGAUUGAUUGACUGCCGACUUAGGACGUUUCUCGCCAGACAGGUGAUCGAUCUGUUGUUGAUCUGUGUGUGCUUAUGCCGAUUUUUGAGUUCGCCGACGACUUGAAUAAGAAAAAAAUUCUCUGAUUUAACUUUGAGUUGUGUUGCCAGGCAGCUCUCUUUGGUUGUGAGUGUUUCGGACACUGUAAUAAUAAUUAUGAUCAUAUAUUAUUAUUAUUAUUAUUUUAGCUGUUGUUAUUAUGUGACUGAUUCUCUCUACUGAAAGGAAAUAAUUACUAACACUACUCGCGGAAGAAUGCAACACUUAAAUGCGUAAUUAAUUGUACAAUUAAUUAUAUAAUUAUCGAGCGAUUGUCAUGAUGAAGGAAGAUAAAAAAGAAAAUGGAAAAACCUCACAUACAAAUGAAACUCUUGCCGUACGGAAUGUGCGAAUUCCGCCAAAUUUGUGCCAAGUAAUUUUUAUGACAACGAUCCUCUGCAAUUCUCUCUUCGCGUCAGUCCCUCCAUGAAGAUGCAUUGAAUGACGUUUCCCUCUUGCAAACAAAAGGCUUUCUUUUGGACACUUUCCAGCCCCUCCUGAGCAAAGACGGCUGCCUCUUUUCAGACACUCACCCCUUUCUCUCAAGUUUUGAAAAGAAUUAAAACUUUCACCUUUUCUAUACGUUUUUAGUCACACUUUUUUCUGUUGACGCCCGCGCAAUCUUUCAAGGGGGCUUAAGAGUAUUUUGAAAAAGUAUGAAACCAACUUUGGAAUAAUUACCAUAAAUAUGAGUACAUAUACGUAAUUUGGUGUCAGGGUAGGUAAAAAUUUCAGCAGUGUCGUUUUAAUAGGAAAAAUCAUCACAACUAGACCCACCAGAAUCAUUUGGCAUUCCCUGGUAAGCGUUUUUACAUCCAUCAAAAAAACGCCCCUAAAUCUUUUGCCCCUUUCUGGCAGAGUUUAAAUUAAUUCGUGAUUCUGAUGGAUGACAUUUUGCAAACAGAACGGAGGCAGUAUCAUAAAAAUCGUGUGCGUUUGGCAUCAGAAAAAUUAUACACAAAAAAAAAGAAAGAAAACGUAAGGAACACACUUUCUUAAAAAUACACUAAAAUCCAAGAUGACGUAAUUAAAAGUAAUAUCCCUAUUAUACACCGCUAUCUCUAACAUUAAAAAUACAAGGAUAGGAUAUUUUAAAAGAAAACUUUUGAACGCACUGACGAUGUACGUAUAGUUAAUAAGGACGAUCCAAUUUUCAACUUAGGCGUUUGGGGUUGGUAAAACAAAUAUUGAAAAAUUCGUGUAUCCUUUCCUAGGGUGUAAGAGCAGCAGUAAAAAGCAGCAAACUCUCUCGUGCAUGUGCUUCAAGAAUUAAUUAAUUGGGUAGACACAGGUGGACACUUUUCUGCCACGAUAUUUUCGUUCACACUCGCGGAUCUCAUCACUUCUAGGGCCUAUAUUUGUGCGUGUCGUUUUCUCUGGGAUUUAAUCGGACGAAAUAAAAAGCAAAAGUAAUAAAUGGAAACGUAGUCUCUGAUGCAUUUCGGUGUUGCUUAGACUGUAGGGCUUUUUAAUAAGGCAUGGAUGCACAGUGCGAGAGGAUGAGUGAAUUUUAAUUAACGCUCGUAAAUUUUGGCACAAAUUCACCAAAGUUGCAAACUUAAAAACUUGUAAAUAAACUAAGACGGUUUUUACAACGCCGGGCGCCUUUCGCGAAAAAAAAGAGGACGCUCGUUUUUUUCAUUUUGGUGUCCGAACAGGCGGCCCGGCGGCUUUUUAUCUCUCUCGGUAUAUAACUUCUAAUUUCCAACUUUUAAAUAACGCCCGCCGAUUAUUCGCAGCACCGGCUCACCCCUAAAUCCCGGCCAAACUUUCAUCCGCAGCGCAGCCAUUUCUCUUCAUUUGAAAAAAGCGACUUUCCAGCUCUCUCCCCCACGCUGCUUUCCAAAAGUAAUUUCGCCGCGCCAUCCCUCCUAUACUCGCAGCACACACACGGUAUUUUGCAUAUUACGCAGGCGGAUUUAUUUUCUCAUUAUCUCUCGGCAGCAUCCCGUCGAGUAUGAGAAUUUAAUGCCGAGCCUGUAAUUUUUUAAUAUGCCCUAUCAGGGCGGUAAUAAAUUUGUUUCGCGUGUGUGCUGUAUAAUCUUCCAAACUCCCCACUCCUCCUCCUUCCUCACUCGCGACUUUAUAAAUAUAUUAAUUUUAACAUUAUACGUGGCUAACACUGAGCGGAAAUUCAAAAUCCUAAACAAAAGAAAGAAAGAAAGAAAGACGCGUGUAAAUAUUUAAUUAAUAUCCCGUCUCACCUUACAAAAAAACGGAUGAAAAUAUUUAAACUAUAAAUCCAGCCAAAUCCCUGCCCAACGUUUUGAAUCUCUCUCUCUCUCUUUCUAUAUUCCAAAAAUUCUUGUAGUAAAAUUAAAAUGCAUGAGAAGGAAAUUGAAGGUAGAUUGUAAUGCUGUGAUAAAUAGCAAAAUUCAAAAUUUCUCUCCCCGCCGGCACCAGUUAAUUAUUUCAGCACAGAUGAAAUGAUUUGAAUCAGUUAUAAUUAUUUAGAUUUUUAUAUAAUUAUGUAUACGGUCUACUGAUUUUUGUGAGUUACACUUUUUUUACAAUAUCAGGAGGAUACUGUGUAUAGAAGCAAUUUAAUCAUAUAUAAAAAAUAUUAUUAACAAAAUUGAUCGGAUUGUGAGUUUCAUUCACGUCUGUCGCUGUAAUAUUCGUAUUUAAAGUUAUCGUUUAAAAAAUUUUGGAAUUGAUCAACGCGCGCUACCUUCUUGUCUCAAGAAACCUUAUUGCAAAUACUAAAUUUUAAGUGUACGUAUUAUAUUGAAAUCAAUGAUUUGACCUUUUGGAAUUUUUCUCCAUCUCUCGGCGUAAAUAAAUAUUGUGAAAAUUUGCAAUUCGGCGACACACUCUCCUAAAAGCAUUAAAUACUUAAACUUGCAGCAUAAUUCAUUCAACCGGUGUGUAUUUCGUAUGGUUGUGGAAAAAAAAACAACGAGUAAAUGACGUGUGCGCAUCUCAGCAGAGGAUGCUUUCUCUAAAAAUGUGUUGUGUGGACGCGACGAGUGUAAUUUUAAACGGUGCAAACAUUAGCUUUUCUCGCCGAACUUUUUGUUACCUCUCUUGCCAUUUUUAAUGAUACGUUUCGCAAUCCUCUCUCUCCGGUGAAAAAGAAAGAAAUAGUGUGCAUGCAAAUGAGAUGAUUUUUAUCAGUAAGAGUUGCACGAAUAAAUUCAAGAAAAGCUUGUUAACGCUCAAGGAAAUAAAAUGUCAAACUACAAUUUUAUUCGAGUUGCACACACAUACAUUUUAAAUGUAAACCCGUAGGCGUUUAGCAAAUCAACUCACUCUUAUAUAAAUUCUCUCACACAAUGUCCGUCUGUGUUGUCGCUGUAAAUGUGUUUCUGAUAUAUAUACAUGUGUAUGUAUAAAUAUAGGCCCUAGUGAUAAAAUCCAAUCUUGUGAAUUUUUAUAUAAAUGUUUUCAGUUCAUAAUCCUCCGCUCUUGUUGAAUUUAAUUAAUUAUUAUUAUUAUGUAUCCUAUAACUCGAAGAAUGUUCAAAUAUGUAAUAUUUUCCAGUUUUAAGUUUUUCGUUCAAAGCGCAAUUUUUUUUGUCACAUCAUUUUUUUUAAAUCCGAUUUUCGAGUUGGUUGAAGAUUCUCGACCGGCCCAAAACACACGAUGAUUAAUUGAUUUUUUUCUCAGUUAUAAUUUUUAAUUUUGCCGCCUGUUUCACUAUGUACAAUUUAGGAGGAUUGGUUUACGAAUAUGAUUAUGCCGUAGCAUGUAACAUGUCUUUGUGAAUGUAGAUAGGAUAUUAUGAUGACCGAAUAAACGCAGCAGUAAUAAAAGUAUAAUUC